CCACGAUCCUCAAGCUCACCUUCCGCUCGAUCACCUGCCGAGCUUCCAACAAAGAAGCCACACCACAACCUCAAACCAACCCUCUCAAAAUGCUUCUCCUCCAACCCGUCCAGCUCCUCCUCUUCUCGACCAUAACCUCAGCCCUCACAGUCAUCCCCCGCCAAAACAGCCAAGUCUACAACGACCUAACCUCAAUCAACGGAAAAGUCCAAUCCCUCACCGCCUCAGUCAAUUCCUGGAAUGGCGCAGACCUCGCCGGAGCCCUCCCAAUCAACACCGCGGCCUCGGACCUCAAAUCCGAGAUCGAUACCGCAACUGCAAAUACACCUUCCUACCCAGAAAUCAGCGACGCAGAAGCCGACGCGAUAUUGAAUUUCAUUGAUUCGAACUUAAAACCUAGUGUGAAAGCCGCGGCGGAUGCUGUGUCUGCGAAGGCGGGGAAUUUCAAGGCGGUGGGAGUGGCGAGUAUCGUGUCUUCGACGCUGGCGGAUUUGAAGGCUUCGACGCAGGCGUAUGGGAAUGCUUUGAUUGCGAAGGCGCCGAGUGGGGUUAAGAGUCAGGCUCAGACGGAGUUGGAUACUAUUGUGGGUUAUAUCACGGCUGCGCAGGGCAGUUUCUGAUCUGCUGAUCAAGCAUUUAUGCUCGGUCGAUAUUCAUAUGUGCCCUGGACAUCCCUUUGGCGAUUACAGAGUCUAUCUUGAGCAUCUCGACUGGGACCUUGUGGGAAUGGCUGGCCAAAAGCAAAGUUGUAGGAUAGCUGUAUAUGAUGCAAAACCGAUGCAUAGCAUUUCGUCCUGGCAUGC